UACAGCCAUACUGUGCGAGAGGCAGCCAGAGAUACAGCCAUACUGUGCGAGAGGCAGCCAGAGAUACAGCCAUACUGUGCGAGAGGCAGCCAGAGAUACAGCCAUACUGACUCCUCCGUGAAGGCCAUUUGUGACUUUGACAUGUCGGGUGGAUCCAGGAUGAUUUGCACGGAGCGGUAUGGUUCUGGUUUUUCUCAACGCUACUUCCAUGGAAAGAAUGGGGCCCUGGUGUGUCAGAGAGAAGGUGCACAAAAGACUUAUGGCUCACUGAAAGAUGUUUUUGUGUCUCUCUUUCUUCCUCAUGGCUUCCCGUACAGUGUCAGCGAGGAUUAUCUGGAGUACCAACUUUGGGACACAUUGCAGGCCUUUGCCAGCAGCGUUACUGGUUCACUAGCAACACACUCUCUGCUCCGUGGAUCCGGAGUUGGAGAUAGCACUGCCUCCGUUACAGCUGCCACCAUUACGUGGAUUCUUAGGGAUGGCACAGGGAUGUUAGGACGGAUCAUUUUUGCCUGGCUAAAAGGCAGUCGACUUGACUGUGAUGCGAAAAGAUGGAGACUCUUUGCUGACCUCCUAAAUGACAUUGCAAUCUUUAUGGAGAUACUGGCACCUGUCUUCCCAUUGUGGUUUACAUUGAUAGUGUGUGCUGCGGGUGUAUUCAAGUGCAUUGUGGGAGUGGCAGGAGGUGCCACACGUGCUGCUCUCACUGUCCACCAGGCCAGGCGGGACAACAUGGCUGAUGUGUGCGCUAAGGAUGGAAGCCAGGAGACUUUGGUUAACCUUGCUGGCCUAUUGAUCAGUCUGUUUCUUGUACCCCUGGUGUCAGAUAGUCUUUGGGUCACAUACCUCAUCUUCCUCCUCCUGACCUUGCUUCAUCUCUAUGCAAAUUAUCGAGCUGUCAGCUCCAUUGUCAUGGAAACCCUCAACCAAUCGAGGCUCAGCAUUGUGCUUGAUUAUUACCUGAGAGAGGGGCGGAUUCUGAGUCCUGCUGAAGCCAAUCCCCAGGAACCUCUCCUACCAGGCUUAGGUUUUCAGGUCACUGUCAAUCUUGGUGUGCCUUUAAAGUCUCUGGUCACCAGUGUGUCUCAGAUGGACAAGUUAAUGAAUGGGAACCAUUCUCGUUAUUUGCUGGGUUGGAGAGCAGACACAGGCAACCUGGCUGUGGUAUUACACGAGCAAGCACGCAGCAUUGAUAUGAUCAGAGCUACUGUCCAUGCUGAGAUUCUCCAUCGGAAGACCAGGAGCACAGAUCCGCAACGUUUCACCAUUCUCACAGAGACCCACAGACAGCUUGACCAAAUCUUCCCGGACUUUCAUCACGGUCUGUGUGUAUUGGGUUGGGUGACUGACCGGAAUCUGCUGGACUCUGACGAUUGGAGAGUUAACUGGGAUCAGAUCAAAGAGCAAUGAUUGAGGAAUGACUAGGAAACACCCCUGUCCACUGCUUGCAGCUCUGAUAUCUCCCUGGACAAAUUAUGUAAACGUUUAAAUAAAGUGCCAACGUAUCA